AUGGUAUGUCAUUACAAUUCUAAGUUUCAUGAGAAAAAGCUGUUGAAGAAAGUACAAUUUUUGGAAUGGAAAAGAGAAGGUGGCCAUCGAGAGAAUCUCAUUCUGCAUCGUUAUCAUGUCACUGGUCAUGACGAUUAUAAGAAAUAUUCCAGUUUGUGCCGGAUGGUCCAGAAGUUGGUGAAUAUAUUGAAGCAGAUGGAUCCUCGAGACCCUUCUCGAAUUUAGAUGACUGAUUUACUGUUAGAGAAACUAUACAAUAUGGGCGUAAUCCCAACCAGGAAAAGCUUGGCUCUAUGCGAUCGGUUAUCAGUGUCAUCUUUUUGUAGGCGUAGGCUAUCAACUGUGUUAGUGCACCUAAAGUUUGCAGAACACUUGAAAGAAGCAGUCACUUAUGUUAAGCAGGGACACAUUCGUGUUGGUCCAGAGACAGUGACAGACCCUGCAUUCCGUGUAACAAGGAACAUUGAAGACUUCAUUACAUGGGUAAACACGUCGAAAAUACGGAGGAAGGUGUUGGAAUACAAUGAGAAGUUGGAUGAUUAUGAUGCAAUGAACUGAAACCUUUCUCGCGGGCAUUACAAAUGCUUGAAAACUCUUCUAAGGCGUAGUUCAGAGUGAUAUAUAAUUCUUUUGAGUUGAAUUCUGUGUUGCUGUGAAUUGAGAGACCCUUCAGAUCAUCCAGUGAUAUAGGCGCCUCAUUCUGUUUCUGUUUAAUAUUAUAUUCUCAGUUGUCUCUAAAGGAGAGUGAGGGUUUGCAUUGUUUCUAAAUUAAUUUUUUAAUGUCAAA